AUGCUGCACAAAAAUGACAUCAUGAUUUGUCCAAGUAUUCAAAAAGACGUUGUGAGUUCUUGUGCAAAAGAAACAGUGAAAGCAAUUGUUGAAGACUUAAAUGGGGAUUACUUUGGGAUAUUAGUUGAUGAGUCUAAGGAUGUCUCUCAUAAAGAACAAAUGGCUCUUAUUCUAUGGUACGUCAACAAAGAGGGUAAACUAAUGGAGCGAUUCCUUAGUGUUGUUCAUGUCAAAGAUACAUCUGCAAGAUCGUUGAAAGACGCGAUAUAUUCUUUACUUUUAGAACAUAAUUUGAGUUCAUCUCAAAUUCGGGGACAAGGUUAUGAUGGAGCUAGUAACAUGCAGGGAGAAAUCAAUGGUCUUAAAACUUUGAUUGUGAAAGACUCUCCUUCGGCAUAUUGCACACAUUGCUUUGCUAAUCAAUUGCAAUUGACUCUUGUAGCUGUUGCAAAGAAGCAUCAUGAGGUAGAUCAAUUUUUUGAUAUUCUUGCUAAUGUUUUGAAUGUUGUUGGAGGUUCUUUUAAGCGUAGGGAGAUGCUUAGAGACGAUCAAGCAAAAAAAUUAAAGGAACUACUAUUUAUCUCCCCAAUUAUUCAUGUACUUGGAGUUCUUGCUAAGGAGGGUUCAAAUUAUCAAGAGAGAUCACUAGCAAAAAGCUUAGUAGAUGACAUAAGAUCUUAUGAGUUUAUGUAUACAUUGCAUUUGAAGUUGAAAGUGUUGGCAAUUACACAUGAUUUGAAUAUGGCCUUGCAAAGAAAAGAUCAAGAUAUCGUAAGUGCGAUGAACCUUGUUGGUUUCACAAAGAGACAAUUGCAAUCUAUGAGAGAGUCUAAAUGGGAUUCUUUGGUAAAAGACGUCUCUUCAUUUUGUGUCAAGCAUGAUAUUGUGAUUCCCGAAAUGGAUAAAAAUUAUGCUCUUGGAAAAUCAAAGCGUAAGAGCUCAAGUGUUAAAUAUUCUCAUCAUUUGUGUGUAGAAGUUUUUAAUGCUGUUAUUGAUUUGCAACUUGCAGAGCUUAACAAUCGUUUUGAUGAAGUGAAUACCGAUCUACUUCUUGGUAUGGGUAGUUUGAGUCUGGAUAAUUAUUUUACAAAUUAUGAUAAAGAGAGGAUUAUGAAACUUGCUACACAUUAUCGGGAUGAGUUUAGUGUUUCCAUGCUUGAGGAUCUUAGUUUUGAGGUUGACAACUAUAUUGACUAUGUACGAGAAGUGAACAAUGAUUUCUCUAACUUGAAAAGACUUGGAGAUCUUUCAGAGACAUUGGUUAAAACAAAUUUGCAUAAGACUUGGAGACUUGUUUAUUUGCUUGUGAAGUUGAGCUUAAUAUUACCUGUCGCUACUGCAACGGUGGAAAGAGCUUUUUCUUCGAUGAAGUAUAUUAAAAAUGACUUGCGUAGCAGAAUUGAUGAUGAAUUUUUGAAUGAUUGCUUAGUUUUUUUAUAUAGAGAAUGA